AGGAGUACUAUCAGUGGGACCGUGAUCUGGGUAUUCACUAGGAGUACUAUCAGUGGGGCCGUGAUCUGGAUAUUCACUUGACGUCUUGCAGCGGACGGGAUAGUUGAUCAUCAACCAAUAUGUCUACGUAUAAACUGCAUUACUUUGACUUACGGGGGAGGGCAGAAAUAGCUCGACUCUUAUUUGCCUACGCAGGUGUUAAGUACGAGGAUAUUCGAAUUGAUAGAGCAAAAUGGCCGGAACAGAAAUCAAGCGCUCCUGGUGGAACCCUGCCAUAUUUGGAAGUCGACAAUCGCUCAUUCGGACAAAGCAUGGCUAUAAACAGAUACCUGGCGAGAAAAUUUGGCCUGAUGGGAAGUGACGAGAUAACUGCCUUAGCUAUCGAUGAAUUCGUCGAAGACGUGGUUGAGUGUCGAUCAGCGAUGAUAGCAAUGUUCUUUGAGAAAGAUGAAUCCAGAAAGGCUACACUGGAGAAAAAACUUAAAGAGGAAACUGUACCAAACUUCAUGAAAAAGUGCGAGGCUAAAUUAACCAAAAACGGGACCGGAUGGGUUGUUGGCAAGUCCCUGACGUUCGCUGACAUCGUGCUAUUUGAUGGCUUCGACAUGUUCUUCAGCGGCCCCGAGGGAGCCCCGAUGUUGACGAAGCUGUCACAGAUAGCAGCACACAGAACCAGGGUUUCCACUACCCCUAAGAUUAAGGCAUGGCUGGAUGUACGUCCGAAAACGGCAAUGUAAACGGCGCGUCAAUGUGUGGCGAUAGAAUUAUUAAACUAAUGAAGAUUUA